AUGGACACAGACACAGGCAUGCACCAAAACCAACACAACAACCAACAGUUCAAAAUCCAGCACACAACAACAACAACAACCAGCACAACAACCACCUCCACAACCAGCACAGCAACCAACAGUUCAAAACCCUGCACAACAACCACUCCACAACAGCACAAACAGUUCAAAACCCUGCACAACAACCACCUCCACAACCAGCACAACAACCACAAACAGAGCAAGGACAUAAAAGAAGUAGAGAACAAGGAAACCAAGAUUUCUUAA